AGUCAGUGCUGGGCGAACGGACAACCAAACACUGAGAGGUGGAAUUGUUAACUUUUCCGCAGCCUAUUAACAUGAUGUAUCUCGAUAUCCCUCCGACGAUGAAUGAAAUCAGCUUCUUUAAGACAGAAAACGAAAGUUCAUGACCUAACAUGUUACACUGUUAUUGAAGAAUCCUCGCUUUUGAUUGGUCGAAUGAUGCAGGGGGCGUUAUAAACGUCCCCUAAAGGAGAAGUAACUUCAAGUUCACAUUAGGAUACUGGUUACACAGGUACAGGAGGAUACAGUGUCACUUCUCAUGCACGACGGAUUGAAUCCUCUGCAGGGCGACAGAAGCAGUGCUGGUUUACGGGCUGUCUAAGCCAGGGUCUCCCAGACAAGUACAGGAACAGAAUGGCGACACUGCGACGUCUAAGGCAAUGCCACCCAGCAGGCAUUGUUAUCUCUCAUCUUCACACAAGCAGCCGGGCCUCUGCCAAACAGCAUUACAAAAUGCUCGUGCUGGGAGGAGGAAGUGGAGGAAUUGCGAUGAGUGCACGCAUGAAGAGGAUUAUGGGGGCCGAGACUGUGGCUGUUGUGGAGCCCAGUGAGACUCACUACUAUCAGCCAAUAUGGACCCUGGUUGGUGCUGGUGCCAAAACUGUAGCUUCAUCAGGCCGUUCCACUGCGAGUGUUAUGCCAUCAGGGGUGAAGUGGGUGAAAUCUAAAGUUCAGGAGAUAAACCCGGACACAAACACUGUCCGAACAGAUGAUGGGAAUGAGAUCUCCUAUGAGUAUUUGAUUGUGGCUCUUGGUUUACAACUCCAUUAUGAGAAGAUCAAAGGACUACCAGAAGGAUUUGACCAUCCAAACAUUGGGUCAAACUACUCGGUCAAAACUGUGGACAAAACAUGGCAAGCCCUGCAGAACUUCAAAGAGGGCAAUGCUGUGUUCACUUUUCCAAACACUCCUGUGAAAUGUGCUGGAGCUCCACAGAAGAUCAUGUACUUAUCAGAUGCUUAUCUCAGAAAGUCAGGAAAAAGGGCAAAGGCCAACAUAAUAUACAACACGUCACUACCUGUGCUCUUUGGGGUGAAGAAAUAUGCUGAUGCAUUGUGGGAGAUUGUGAAACAACGUGACCUUCAAAUAAACCUGAGGACCAACCUGAUUGAAGUACGGGCAGACAAGCAAGAAGCUGUGUUUGAAAAUCUGGACAAACCAGGCGAAACCACAGUGAUUAAGUAUGAGAUGCUUCAUGUCACACCACCAAUGGGACCCAAUUCAGUGAUUAAAGACAGUCCACUGGCUGAUAGUGCUGGCUGGGUGGAUGUAGACCGAGAGAACCUCCAACAUAAAAGGUAUCCAAAUGUGUUUGGGAUCGGAGACUGUACCAGCCUGCCCACAUCUAAAACCGCUGCAGCUGUCGCUGCACAGUCUGCUAUCCUGCACAGAACCAUCAGCAGAGUAUUAAGAAAUGAGAAGCCAGAUAAGAAAUAUGAUGGCUACACCUCGUGCCCUUUGGUUACAAGCUAUAACACAGUGAUGCUGGCAGAGUUUGACUAUGAUGGACAACCACUGGAAACAUUCCCCAUCAACCAAGCAAAAGAAAGUCGGACCAUGUACCACAUGAAGGCUGAUGUGAUGCCUCACCUCUACUGGCAUGGCCUUCUCAGGGGCCUGUGGGGGGGACCAGGACCAUACAGGAAACUCCUUCAUCUUGGAAUGAAAUAAAACUGCAUGAGCAGUAAUCAAGUUUAUUGUUACAUUAAAGGACAGAUGUAGCGCAUUAAAACCAAUAUUCAUUAAAAGGGUGGACACAUAAAGGGACUGGUAAUAUAUUAAAAUUUAUAACCUUCAUGACAUAUCAUAACUGGUUUGACCAUGUAUCUGUUUAAAUAUAUGCAGUGAAACCUGCUGCAGAUGGUGGAUUGACGAGACCUUAAAAGAAAAAGACUCCUAUAAUGACAGAGCUGCUCUAACUGCACAAACACAGAAUAAACACUCCAUCCUGCAGUUCUGUGUCUUCUUACCACUGCUCUGCACUGCUUGGCCUUUUGGCAGUUUUUUUGCAGCGCAUUGAAUGUUAACAGAACCACAACAUCAGACUGAGAGUGAGAGAAGAAGAAAGGAGCUUUUUGUGUCCCAACUAUGGGACUGUUUCUCAAUCUAUUUUGGAUACUUCAGGUACCAGAAGCAGGCCUGUAACCUCCAAGAGUUGAUAAGGAACAGUGGGUCAUUUAAGAAUAAGAUGGUGCUACCCAUUGAAAGCUUUUAAGGUGAGAUGAUAGAUCAAUGCACUUUAAUAAGCCAGUAGGUUGGGUAGGUAGAGUAUAUCAUGUACACAUGUAUGUAUACUGAUAGAUUGACUUUAUGUCUGCAGUCUUGUAUCAUCUUAGCAACUAAAUAUACUUGAUGUCUGUUUCAGAUUUCAAUGCAUAGGCAACCAAGUGUCUUUAAAGUUUCAUGAUAUUGUAACUACUUGCGCUCCCAAACUUGUUCAGGUUUAUGUGUUUAAGAAAGCUUAGCCAUUAAACUACAAAGUGCUUUUCAUAUUUAGUGAUAUAGAAAUCUAGAUUUGUAUAAAGUGAUUGUUUUUUUUGUGUGUCAGUGCUGAUUUAAUCUGAUUCAUUAUGCUUUAAUGAUUAAAACCACAAAUGUAAACAAAUCUAAUGUAAUAAUGCCAUUAAAGUGAAUCGUUGAUGAAAAAC